CCGCCGCACAGAAAGGAGGCAAGGUCUGACAAUCUGUGUGUCUAAAAUUAAUAAGCCUAGUUCGACAGGACAUGUUGAGAACAUACAGUCGGACUUUGGGAUGUUUUAUGGUCUCGGAAACGAAGGAAUUUUCUUUUUGUCCACCUCUAUGUAGGACGUGGCGACUGCACUGAAGUAAAAUUGCCGCAAAAAACGUGCAUUUUUCAUUACUAUUACGCGCAACAACAACAACACCAACCUGGACUACUCCUUUGAAACAGGAAUGGUUUAUCCUCCCGAAGGGUUAUUCUACAUCGAGAUGGAUCAAGCACCACCAGCUCUCCCUCCCAGGUCAACAAAGCCAGUGUCCUCCACAAUGAACAACAACUGCCUUGCACCACCUACGUAUAUGCUACAGGACGCUGAAUGGUACUGGGGGGACAUAACCAGGGAUGAGGUGAACGACAAACUCCGAGACACACCUGACGGCUCCUUUCUGGUACGUGACGCAUCCACAAAGCUGCAAGGAGACUUUACGCUGACAUUAAGGAAAGACGGGCACAACAAGCUCAUCAAGAUUUACCACCGUGACGGGAAGUACGGGUUCUCGGACCCCCUCACAUUCACUUCAGUGGUGGAGCUAAUAUGGCACUAUCAGCACCAUCCGUUGGUGGAAUACAACGCCACACUGGACCUGAUGCUCACACAUCCUGUGUCCCGCUUCCAGCAGGUGAAAGAGGACAGUGUUGAUGUCGCUGGAAGAAAGCUCAAAGAAGUUCACUGUCAGUAUCAGGAGAAGUCGAAGGAGUUUGAUCGUCUCUAUGAAGCGUUCACAAAGACAUCACAGGAGAUCCAGAUGAAACGAACAGCAAUUGAGGCCUUUAAUGAGACGAUGCUGAUCUUCGAGGAGCAGUGUCGUGAGCAGGAGCGUUAUGGAGAGGAGUUUGAAAUGAACAAUCAGUCCGAAGGAGUCGACAAAGACCUGGAGAGCUUUCUGAUAAAUUAUGAGAAGCUGAAGUGUCGUCUCGGGGAGAUCUACGACAGCAAAAUCCACCUGGAAGAAGACUUGAGAACGCAGGUGGAGGACUACAGAGAGACAGACAGGAAGAUAAACAGCUUGCGGCCGGACCUCAUCCAGCUACGCAACAUCAGAGACCUGUACCUCAACUGGCUUAAUCACAAAGGCGUACGGCAGAAACGCAUAAAUGACUGGCUGGGGAUACUGAGUGACAGCCUCGACGACACAUAUGUGUUAAAGGGUGAUGAGAAGAAUUUGCCACAUCAGGAUGAGACAAACUGGUUUGUUGGUGAACUGAGCCGGACGCAGGCCGAGGAGAUGCUUCAAGGCAAAGCUCCUGGAACAUUCCUGAUCCGCGAGAGCAGCAAACAGGGAUGCUACGCCUGCUCUGUUGUUGUCAAUGAAGAAGUGAAGCAUUGUAUGAUCUACAGCACACCACACGGAUACGGCUUUGCUGAGCCAUAUGACGCCCACUGCUCACUCAAAGACCUUGUCCUGCACUAUCGCCUGCACUCCUUAGCGCAACACAAUGACGCCCUGGAUGUUCGGCUGUCGCAUCCAGUACACGCCAAAGCCGCAGCCACGCCUUCUCAACACGCAGAGGAACACAAACUCUUACAGACUCCAAAACACACAGCGGGGCUCCCGCCAGCCGCUCCAGAAAUGUAACCCAACGGAAAGAGACAAAAGGACAUGUUUACUGUAUCCUGCAAGAACGACUGCAUCAAGGUGCAUUGUGUAAAGUUUUGCACUACAGUGAUUCCAUCGGUAUUUGUGAAUGGGAUUUCACAGAUUGAAGUGGGACUGGAACUUGAAUGUCAGCUUUUUUUUUUUUUUUUUUCUAUUUUUUUUUCAAAGAGACUGUUUAAGAUUUUAUUAUUUUUUUGUACUUCAUUUAUUUCCGUUUGUUUAAUGGACACCUUUUUGGUGGGGAUGUUGACAACCAGAGAAUUGCUCACUGGCAUCAUCAGAUGCUGCACCUUUGUUUGGCUUCGACUUUUACAACCAGAGUUGAUGUUAUAAGCGAUGUCCAUUUCCCCAAGUUAAAAUGUAUUGCGUUCUGAAAAUUUGACCAAUAGUUUAGAAAUGUAUUUGGUUUCUAUGGAGUUAUUUUUGUGCCUCAUUCAUGAGCGUGUGAUGGCACACUUUGAACACAAUUUUUAAAAAUUUUUUUGCAAGCACAUAAAUUAUAUUUAGUAGAGAAAUUAUUCAUCAUGCAAAGUAAAUUUUAAUUUGAGCUUGAAAAAAAUCCUUUUGUCCUCAAUAAAUUCAUUAACUAUAUAUAACAUAAUCACACAACAAUAACCUUUUUACUCAGAUUUCACAUUUGCCCUCUCAAUGUAUAAAAUUAAAUCAAUCCAACAUGGUUGUGUUGGGCAGAGGGUACAAAGUCUCAUUUUAUAAGAAUGUUAUGAGACUUUGUUUUUAAUAACAAGUCCAUUAUGUCAGCUAGUGUUAAAAAUAUUAGAGUCAAUUCAGGGCUCUACGCUUACAAUGCCACGGCCGUAAAGUUGACAAUCCCCAAGGAAGCCAUUAUGGAUGUAUAUAGAGAACUGGAUACAGCGUCCGAGGAAAGGCUCCGUUCAUUCCCAUGAAAGCUGCUCAGUGUUGCAUAUAGCCGAAACAGUUCGACUUCCAGGGUAUAAAAUACCUGCAUCUUGCGCAUCAUGAAGUUAAUAGUGUAAGCACACUAGAGAACUAAAGAGCUGAGCCGCUAACUUUAGGGUUAGCCCUCCAAUAACGUGAAUGGUGAAAAAAUUAUUUUAUUGUGCGGCUCUUAAAGAGUUUCGAAAAUGCAGUCAGACUGAAUAAAUCAAAUUCUGAUAGCACAAACAAGUAAUUUUUAUUUUUGAAAAAAAGUGUACCCAAUGAUUCACAGACAAGUCUUUCAUUAUGUAUGUCUAUGGGAAGUCUUUUUGAGCCCAAUGACAUCAUGUGACCGACUCGGAUAUUAAAAUUCAACCAUCCACCUAUGAAAAUUGGCUUCAAAUCUAACAAGACAGCUGGGCUGCAAGAUAAUUAAGUAUAUACUAACUAAUUAAGGUUAAUAAAACCAGGCAUGUCAUCAAAACUGUAAUGACUACUUUUAUGGGGCUGCGGAGCUGCUUAUCAUUGUUUGAGUGCUUCCCCACACUCCUAGUAUUCCAUAAUACUACUAACAGUCAGAUUGGCUCAAUAGCCAAUCAAAAAAAUAUGUAUACCAGUUUUCAGAUUGGCACCCUGUCAAGUUGAGUGCACAGACAAACCCUUGAGCGCAGAAAACAGAGAUGUUGACAGUAAGAAAAAAAAUUAAACUAGUUCAAUCACAAAGAGCACUGACCGGUAAAUGACUAAAACUGAGGUGCACUUAUGUGGAUAACAGGAAAAAUUAUGGAACAUUAAAUAGAUUUUUUUUCACUCAAACUACAUAUAUAUUUGUUGCAUGAUAUUAAUUUCUCUAAAAUUUAUUUUUUAUGUGAUUGUAAAAUAAUUUUUCUUCUGUGCUCAAAAUGUGCGUGCCAUGCUUAGGAAUGAAAUGAAAGAAAUACUUUGCUACUACUUAGUGCAUUUGCGAGGGGGAAAAUGGUGCUGUAAACAGGCUCUUUCCGUCAUACUGGUUUGGUGGACCAAACCAUUUUUUUGGGUAAAUGCCACGUGUGAAUAUGUGAAAAGUCGUGGUGCAUCUUGACAAUUUGCCCCUUUCUUAACAGACAUUCAUAUACAGUGGAUAAUUAUGUAGCAUUAACAUCCUGUAGAAUACCAUUGUAAGAGCAUACUCAAUGUUAUACCCAUUGACCAAAGCACUUAAUAGUGAGCAAAACCACAUCCCUGUUACGUCCGGUAAUUGCAUUUGGGCAAGGGGAGGGCAAUUUAUGUACACCUGCUGAUGUGCUGAUCAAAACAUAAUCUGAAGUACUGUAUGUUAUAUUCUGUUACUCAAAGAAGUAUAAGCUUUUUGUAUUCUAUAUAUAUUUUUUCUAUAAACAUGCCACAAGAUGAAAGCUUGAAGAAAGUGCAAUCCAACAGUAUUUCUAUUGUUGCAAUGUAUGACGAUGAUGAUGGCGGUGAAGGUAAUGCUGUUAUGAGAGGUUGACAUUUGCCACAAAAAUGCACUCUCUUUGGUGGUGUCGGUAUGAUGUGGCCUCCGAUGUUUGUGUGAACUGCCAGAGGUCCGGAAGUAUCCUGCCUCCAUUACUUGAACUGUGGCAUUGCUCGAGCUAUGAAUGUUUUUCAUGACAUGCAGCCUACAUAGCUUAAGAGGAAAGGAAUCCAUGUUGAACUUGGCACAUUUUUCAAGUUUGAGGACAAUAGAUACUCUGUACAGAGAAACUGUAAAAUGUAUUUCUGAGGUUGGUUUAUGGAAGGAGGGUGAUUCAGCCUCUUAUAAAAAUAUAACUCCUCUGGGGGAUUGAGAAAACUCCUCGGGUGAAGCUAAGCAAUGUGAGAUCCUGACCUUUUUCUUGCUGAAAGACAAUAAACUGAUGAGGGUUUUGUCAACUUA